GCUUCAUCGUUUUCCAAAACUUUUAACUCGCAACAACAAAAGAAAGAAAGGCAAAACUCGUAACUUCUCCUCUGUUAAAACCUAAAACUUUUCUUUGGCCAGAGCAAAAAAAAAAGAAAGAAGAAGCACAUCAUGGAUUCUCAGGACCACAUCAACACCCCACACUCUCCAGGAGGUAAGAGCCAUGUCUGCACUAAAUGUGGUUGGAGUUAUCCAAAUCCACACCCUAGUGCUAAAAACCGGCGUUCACACAAGAAAAUUUGUGGAACCAUCAAGGGAUUUGAGAUCCUUGAUUCCGAAAUGCCCAACCAGAAUCUUGAUUUGCAGGAAGAUCCUAGCUUGGAUGAUGAGCAAAAACUCCCAAGUCCAAGGGUUGUGGAGAAAGCUGAUGAGAGGAUUGGGGAAGAGGAUGUUUUUGCAGAUGCUGUUUCUGAAUUUUCAAGAUCUGACUCUUUCAAGGAAAAGGAAGAGACAGCAACAAAUUGUAUCGCUAAGAAUCCUGGUGAAACUCAGCCGGGCAACAAAAGCCCUGAAGUGGUUCAAGAGAGUUGUGAAGUUCCACCUGUGGAGAUCCUUGACAACUUCCCAAAAACUGUUGAAGCAGCUUCAGGGAAUGCACAAGGUGGAGAACCUUCUAUUGAAGGACAUUCCAUGGGAUUUGUAACUCUGAAUGAUUCAUCACAGGUCGUUGAAGGUGGUGGUGAUACCAUAUCAGAUGUUGGGUUAGAGACAGAUUGCAAAGAAGAUUUACCUGGUGAAUCUGAAUCUAAGUUGGCAUCUGCAUUAGGAAAGAGAAAAGAUACUUUUGAUUCAUCAUGGAACGAUGAAGUGAUUUACUCGGACGUGGAGGGUCCGCAUGGAUUUGCUUUUGAAGAAAUGAGUAUGAUGCAUCCUGGUGAAGCUGAGUAUACAGUUAGUGAUGAUAAUGUUCCGGUCAAUACAGACCAAGUUAUCAGCACCAAAGAAUAUGCUUGUGAUGAUGUAACUUUUACAGAAAAUGCUGACGUCUCUCUGGAUGGAACCAAACAUGAAGAUGUUGAAUCGAAUCUUCCUGAGACACCUAAGGGAGAAGAAUGUGAAACCGGUACUCGUAGUAAGGCAGAGAACUUAAGCAUUCAGCCUGAAGGCAUAAGUAUUGGCACUGAAGUUUCUUCAUCAGACAAGCUUCUUUUGGAAAACAAAGCUGAACCUCAAGGCCAAACAGCUGUGGUAAUAUCUAAGGUUGGCCCUGAAGAUAUCAAAAUGAAAGCCGAAGAGGGUGAAUCAUCUUUUGGUGUUUCCCAAGACACUGUUGAAUCAGAAAUAUUGGAAGCCUCUCUACCUGAAGUAGUUCCUAUAGUUGCUGACUCGAAUGCUGAUCUGAGCCGUUCAAAUCUCACUGAACAUGAGAAUGAACUUAUUCAAGCAAAUGUUGUAGCUGAGGAGAACAGCCCAAACAGCAAGCUGAUCUCUGAAUCCGCUUUUGCUGUUCAACAUUAUGUUUCUGAUGCAAACGAUCAGAAGAACAGUUCACCAGGAACAUGUAUAGACUACAUUCCCGAAAUUAGUGCUGAAACCUGUGAAAGUAAUGAUGAAGCUCGCAGAAAAGAGUUAGUGGAGGAAAGCAGUUUCAUAAAAGUAGCAGAUCCUUUAAGCAAUUUUGCAACUGAUGAAUCUGCUCAAACAGCUAAUAAUCAGAAGUUAGUGGAAAGCGGAAGGACAGAGUUCAAUAGAGUAGUUGGUGGGUUGGGGGUUAUUCAAGCAAAUGAGAUUGACAGUGAUGUACUUAAAGCGCACAACUUGUAUGCUGAGGUCCCUGUGACUAUUGAGUCAAAUGACCUUCGAGAUUUUGGGAGACUGCAGAAUCUUUCAGAAGCACACGUUAGAUCUCUGGUUUCAAGUCCGCUUGUCACUAGAAACAAUACUACUUCCAAUGCGUUUGCGUCUACUUCAGGACUUAGUGAAAACGGAUCACAGUCAUCAUCACUUGCUGUUGCUCUGUCGGAAAACCAAGAGAUCACUAUGGAGAAGACAGCAAAGGAGCAGCACGUCCCUCUGAAGAACCUUCUGAGUGAAGCAAGGUCACCAAGGCUAGCAGCAGCGGAGGCAAAGAAGGAUAACAUACCGAGAGUGAGUUCGAUAUUAUUGGACCAAGAGACAUCCCCUGAAGAGGGAGGCCGCUGGCCAGAGAGAAGAGAAGUGAGGGAGGAGUGGAAGUCGCCAGCAAAGUAUCCAGUGGAGUUGAAGAGAGAGGAGAGGAAAGUGAAAGGAAGACCCUUUUGGGUCCCAUUUGUUUGCUGUUCCUCUGUUAAGUAGUAGAAGGCUCUAUCUGUUGUGUUACUCUUUAAGUAGAAGACUUUGACUUUUAUAAAGAAGGCUACAAGUUUGGUUACUGUAGGAGCUUUUGUUA